CCAUCGUCUCGGCCCAGUCCGACUUCCCUGCCGGCUUCCCGCAGUGUGGUGUAAGUAAUCGAAACGAAGAAUUUCUCUUACUCACCCUUCAUUAUGCUGACUUAUACUGCUCCUGUAGAUCACAUGUAUCACCAACAUGCUUUCAAAGUCUCAAAGCGAGUUCAACUGCGGUGCUUCGGACUUGCAGUGCCUGUGCGGCAGUGCCAACUUCCUGUACGGAGUUAGAGACUGCGCAGACCAGGCCUGCUCAGAUGCCAACGAUGCCAACACUGUGAAGCAGGUUGGUGUCCAGUACUGCGAAAACGCCGGUGUUGCCGUUUCUGGUAUUUCCGUCACUGGUUCCAUCUCGGCUACAGCUUCGCCCACCACGACAAUCACUGCUACUGAUGCUCCUACGACCGGUGCCUCUACAACAGUUACUGCUAGCGACGCCUCCACCACCGUUACUGCUGGCGCUUCUGAGGGCUCCAGCUCUGCCAUCUCCACUGCCUACACCGAGUCGACUGCCAGCGAUGGCUCUGUCACUUCCGUCCCCGUCUCGACUGUCUACGGUGCUGCUGGCGCUCUCUCCACAGUCUUCUCCGAGUCCACUGAUAGCGCUGGUUCCGUCUCUACCAUCGCCGUUUCUACCGUCACUGGUGCCGCCAGCGCCGUCUCUACCUCUGCUGUUUCCACUGUCUACUCUGAGUCCACCAACAGCGACGGCUCUACCACCUCUGUCGCUGUCUCCACUGUCUUCUCGACCGCUAGCGAGACUGCCAGCGCCUCUGAGGUUGUCAGCUCCGAGACCUUCACCAGCACUGGUACUAACGUCGUCUCCAACGAGAGCACCACCCAGACCCAGACCGAGACCUCCACUGGCACUACCCUCCACACCAGCACUGCCACUGGUUCUCAAACCUCUGGCUCUGCCUCUAGCAGCAGCUCCGCAGGUUUCGCUGCCCAGCAGACUGUUGGCCCCGCUGGUCUCAUCGCUGCCGCCGGAGUCGGUAUGUACAUGAUGAUGUAAGAGCGAGGAUGAGAACGAUCCUGUCAGGAUUGUAUGGAUUGUGCUUUACUACGGAUGUAAUGACGUAAUGGAUCAUGUAAAUAACAGAAGAAAGGGUCAUGGUAGACCAUUAAUGCCGCAUUGUUGAGAUACCCAUCCCCAAGGGGCAAUGGAGUUGGCUUUUGCCGUCUUUUUUAGGUAAUUAAUAACAGAGUACUUGCUCCAACUUCACUCGCUUCUCUUGAUUAACUUG